GAAGCUCUUUGUGAAAUGAAUGAUGAAUUGCAAGAGAAUAGUCGUCAAACAAAACUUGAACUACUUGAAGAAAUUGAACGAGCCAACAGUCAAAUUAAUCAACUUGUACGUCAUUUAGAUGCGACACGUGAAACAAUUGCAGACUAUGAACAAACUCUUGGUAAAUUUAGAGAUUUAGUCUCUGAUUUACAAACACAAAAUACUGAUCUACGUAGGUCAUUAGCGGAUGAAAAACGCCUACAGGAAGAACAACAGCAACAAAAUGCCUAUCGUACAGUUGCAACAGAUCUUGUCGGUUCUACAGCUGCAUUUAUGGGGGGUAAAUUUGGAUUAGGCUCUCAAGUACAAACUCUUGCUAAA